GGUCAGGCCAGCUAGUGCAGGGAAAUGAUCCCACCCCUCCUCAGUGCAGGACUGCGUCAAGACCAGCACUCCAGGACAAGAAUACAGUGAUACAUACGCUGGACUGACUUCCUUGGAGGGUCUCCAAAUUAAUCGCUGGGCUGGAUCACAUGACAUUCAAGGAGAGGCUGAGAGAACUGAGUUUGUUCACCCAUACAGAAGAGAAGGCAGAGGGAAAACCUGUGUAUAACUAGCUGAUGAGAUGAGGAUAUAGAGGAUAUAGAGCCUUCCUGGGGGUCUACAACAACAAGAUGAAAGGGAACAGACACUAAUUGGAACAUCCUAAAUUCUCACUGAAUGGAUAAAGAAUGGAAUCACAGAACAUCACCACCACUGUGACAGAAUUUGUCCUGUUGGGCCUGACACAGAGCCACAAGCUGCAGUAUUGUCUCUAUGUGAUCUUCUUUCUCAUCUAUGUAAUAACCUGGCUGCUGAACUUCACCAUCAUGGCCACUGUGGCUGUGGAUCACAAGCUCCACACUCCCAUGUACUUUCUCCUGGCCAACCUCGCUUUCCUUGACGUCAGCGAUUCCUCAGUCAACACUCCCAAACUGCUGUCAGGCCUCCUCACCCAGCACACAAUCAUCUCCUUCAACCAGUGUUUCCUCCAGAUGUUCUUCUUCCAUUUCAUUGCAGGUGCGAUGGCGUUUUUGCUGCUGGCGAUGACGGUGGAUCGCUACGUGGCCAUCUGUGAGCCCCUGCGCUACCUGUCCGUCAUGAACUGGAACACCUGCACAGGGCUGGUGGCAGCUGCAUGGCUGGGAGGAUUUCUUCAUUCUAUUACACAAACUGGCUUUCUCCUCCAGCUGCCAUUCUGUGGCCCAAACUUACUGGACAAUUUCUACUGUGACGUCCCUCAAGUCAUCAAACUGGCCUGCACUGACACUCACAUGGCUGAGCUACAGAUGGUGUUGAAUAGUGGAGUGAUCCUCAUCAGCCUGUUUGUAAUCUUGAUUAUCUCUUACAUUGUCAUCUUGCUGAAGAUAAGGACGAGCAUCACAGAAGGGAAGCGAAAAGCUCUGUCCACCUGCGGAACACAGAUAACUGUUGUGAGCUUAAUAUUCAUCCCCUGCAUCUUCACCUAUGCCCAGCCUUAUAAGAAAUACCCUAGGGACAAGGUGGCCUCUGUUGUUUACACUGUGGUCACUCCAAUGCUAAACCCAAUGAUCUACACACUCAGAAACACUGAGAUGAAAAAGGCCAUCAGGAGAACACUGGGGAAAAUAUUUCUGUCAGCAGGGAAACAGAAGCCAGAGCGGACAGUAGAUCCAAAGACAUCAACUCUGGUGUUCCCAUGACAAAACUGUGUUCAUCACUGAUAUUCCUGCACAGAAGAAUGUAGGGUGCCCCCGACUCUGGGAAUGAUUGGUAUCUGACUCUAUUGAUUCAGAAUGCUGAACAAUUGCUUUGUUAAACUAUGCUGUAUUACAUUAAUACCAUAUUUAUGUUAAAGAGAUACUAUACUAUACUAAAUUACGUACUAAAGAAAACUUGUGACUGUCUCUAGUUAGUUAGGACAGCAUUUUCAAAUUGGCUAAGGAAACAAAACAAUCCUCAGCAGAACCUAAUUACUAAAUCUUUUCAGGUAAACAAUUCUCUUAACACAUUCCACAUGUGUAAAAACAACAGGAGCAGUAAGUAGAGAUAAGAAUUGCUUUCUCUUUCUUCUCUCUGUGCUUCUCCAGGAAAAAAACCUGGGUGAGAGAAUUAUCUCUCUCUCUGUUCAGAGAAUGUGAAUGCCACAAUUCCUGCUCCUUCAGUAAGUGAGCAACUUUCUAGAUGUGAGAUGGGGACAACAUUCACCUCCCAUCAGCUUAGGAAGGUCAGUCACAUGGAGUGAGCAGCAUGGUGGAAUGUCUAGGGCCGAAUAAAAGUUGUCUGCAAUGGAUCACUGCAAAGACACCUCCACGACACACCAAACCCCAAAGGACAAACAGCCUGGUACUGACCAUGCAGGGGGCCCUUCCCACAGCCGAGUUCUCUGCUGUGGAAACCACUCCAGCAUGUCUCACUUCUCUUCAGCAUUCUGGUGUAGUUUCAUCUCUAAAUUAGCACUGAUGCCUUACUGAGCCUGCAAAUAAAACAACACACUUUGGAGAUAAUAUUUGUAUGGGGGGGAAUCUAAAGGUUGGUCUUUAUUGGAGGCCUCCAGUGACAGACACAGAAAAUGUCUGGAAAAUGUCCACAAAAUGCUCACCCCCAACAGAGUUCUAUAAGUUAAGCAAAUUAGCAUGUUUGACAAAAAUCACCAAUUAGGAGCACAAGAGGUGAAGCAAUUUCCCCCAGUUCAACCUUCUCUGAAUCCUCCCCCCUCAGAUGGAAACUAAGUUUUGUUUAUAAAAAUAUUUCUCAAAGAGCUGGUCUCAGCCUUGGUUCCUAGGGAGAGCUGAGGGGCCUUGGAAUGUGUUUUUUCUUUCUGCCUAUCAGGGCAAGGAAAAGUAUUAGGAAAACUAGCUAGACUACAAUAAUAGGCUGCAGAGGCACAAAUAUUUGUACAAAGAAUAGAGAGAAUAUAUGAAAGAAAAAAGGCAAAAAUCAAUUUGGCCUCAGCACAAUGGCAUCUGUACAUUCCUGCAUUGGUAACUUCACCAGCAAUGCUGAGACAGAGAAAAAGCAUUCUGAAAAUGCUUUAGUGGGAGAAAAUUAUCAGACCUGUAAGGAUUAUUUAGGCUUAGAGCUGUUUGAGUUUAAUUCCCUUAGAGAGACAAGUGAGAAAUGAAAUCCCUCUUGACAGUAGAAACAAAAAUUUCCCACAAAACAUGUAAACAACUGAUGGGGAGAGAAACUGAUAGGAGGAAGUAGAACUCAGAAUAAUAAAAGGAAAAAAAAAAAAGAAAAGAAAGUAAUACAAGAAAACAAGAGGAAAAACCUCCUUAUGUCACUUUUUGAUGCUUUGUCAAAGGUCAAAAUAAUUAUAGAAUUGUGGCAUCAGCUGUGGUUCUGGAGUGCUGACUUGGAUGUCUUAAUUAAAGCUCUAAGGUGCAUGAAUUUAUAUGUCAUUACUUAUUGUAUUUAUUAUUUCUUGUAACUUAUAUAAUUCCUGAACCAUGUGGCCUCGAGAAGCCAUUGUGUAGAAUUCUCCAGAUCACUUAUUAAUUCAAAAAUUCAAUAAAUCAAACAUUUUUUCUU